CAAUCUUCGUCAGAUUUGCAUCCAUAUUAGUGAGGGUUACAUAGUUGAACCCGCUGUUGUAUUAUUUGAUGAGACGUCUUUCAUUUGGGAACUACAUUGUGUCAUUGUGAGAUGUUACUUCUAGAGAAGUCUUUGGAGUAUGCUUUGAGUCAUGCUUAAAGUAUUAAUUAUAUAUCACCAGAGACUCGUGAUCAAACCAAAGUAUUCGAUAAAUCGAUAGAAGCCAGUGCAUUUGUAUAGAAGCUCGUGGGUUUGUGCUUGGUCAAAUAGCAGACUAACAGUUGAUGUCAUUAUGUGGGAUUGUGUGUUAGCUAUGCAUAAGUUAUAUUUCAUCAGUUUAAGGAAUACCCUCUCGCGUAGUUCAUGGAUCCACCGACUGGCAAAAACUUCCAUUACAUAAGAUUAUAAAAAUUAAAAACGAGGGAUAUCAACAUUCAAUGGUUCUGUUUUUAUGUUUAUCUGAUGAAAUAGGCAAUACUAGUUAUUUUAUUUUGUUUAUUUGAAUGAAAUAUAUAGUUUCAUAACUAUCGUCUAUUGUAUCAAUGAAGUUUAUCAUGCACUCGGGUUACCUUGAAGAAUUAUGGAAGACCUAGAGGUUUUGUUAUGGUGAAAUGAUGCUAUGAUCUUUAUUAGUGGCUUAUUCAGGUGGAAUGACCCUAGGGUGUUGGAUAGUUAUUAAGAUUGGCUGUCUAUUGGAUCUGGAGUCCGACUAUAUGAACCCAUAUGAGUCAUCAUCUCGCAUAAAUGCUUUGAUAGUCCCUGAAAUGGUACUACAUUGUGUAUGUUCUGCUGUUCUUCUUGUAAUGGGCUAUUGGUUCAUGUUCCUUCUUACGCUUCCCAUUGCUAUUUAUAAUUUAAUGUUAUACAUGAAUAAACGACAUCUUAUAGAUGUAACUGAAGUUUUCAGACAUUGUGAUGUUGAGAAAAAGUAUCGGAUUGGCAAGCUGACCGUAUACUCCUUUCUCUUUACUGUAGUUGUUAUCAGAUCCAUGGUUGCUGGAGAUUUCUCCACCAUUCUGGAAUCGUUCCAUCCUGCUAAUGAAGAUUUAGACAUCCUUUCUCACGUUCUUGAGUUCUAGAAAUCGUUUCUUCAAGUUCUCUUAUGAUAAACUUGAUAGAUGUAGAAGGUUUGCAGAUUUAACAAUAUGUCUCACUUAAAUAAUUAGUGGAGGCGUGGAUCUUGAUUUGGGACUCUAAAAGAUUUUGUUAGAGCCCUGUAGUUGUAAUCUCGUCGGACGGAAGUUGCUCAAAGAUAUAUAAAUGGUCCUGGACGUCGAUAGUGAUUAUCAACAAAUACAACUGUGAAUGAUAUAGUUGCAAGUUUUUCCCCAAA